AUGUUUUUUAGGUGGAAUUACUUUUUCCUUUAUGACGGCUCCAAAGUGAAGGAGGAAGGGGAUCCUACAAGUGCUGGGAUCUGUUAUUUUUAYCCUUCUCAGACCCUCCCAGAGCAGCAGGAGCUGUUGUGUGGGCAGAUGGCYGGCGUUGUGCGCUGCCUCACCGAGAUCUCCGGGGCCCCUCCCARCCUUGUCCGCCUCAGGAAGCUCAARUUYGCUGUGGUGGUGGAUGGAGACUUUCUGUGGGUUCUGGGCUGUGCUGUGGAGCUGCCUGACGUGAGCUGCCGGCGGCUCCUGGAGCAGCUCAUCGGCCUCUUCACCUUCUACCAGGGCCCUGUGCACAGAGCUUACACGGCGUUUUCCCAGGAGGAGCUGAGCAGGGAGUGGGACAGGUACAUCAAACACAUCCAAAAAAACACCARUGACCUCCACAGGAUUUUCAAUUCCCUCUGGCAUCUGGACAAAACCAAGGUGGAUCCCCUGCUUUUGCUGAAGGCAGCUCUCAUCCUGCAGACGUGCCAACGCUCUCCUUAUGUUCUGGCAGGCUGCAUCCUCUACAAAGGCUUGAUUGUGAGCACCCAGCUGCCACCUCCUCUCACUGCCAAAGUUCUCCUGCAGGGCAGYGAGUCCCCAGGCCAGAGCGAGCCCAGAGCUGAGGAUCCACAGGAGCCUGAGUCUCGGCUGCCGCAGGGUGUCCGCAUCAUCCCGGUGUUCCUCACGGGAGAGGAGGCGUCAGCGCUGCGGGACUUCCCAGUGGAGUGGAUGGCCAGGUCACCUGUGUCCCCAGCAGGCCCUGGAGGAGAGGGGAGUGCUCUCUGCUCCCGGACAGUUCCAGAACCAACAGCAGCUCGUGAAAACCAARCCCUGGAUGGAAUUUCUGUGCAGGAGUCCCACGAGGAGGCUUCAGGCACAGCUGCCCUGGGAGGUGCUGUGCACUUGGGCAGCCCUGCAAGUCCUCUGACGGACUUCCCUGGAACAGGAGCCAGCACAAGGAGCUCUCCAGCUGCAAACCUGAGUGGAGCAGGCAGUGAAAGCUCAGAGCUCAACAGGAAGACAUCUUUCCCCUCAGAGAGCAGCACAGAGCAGCUCCCAAGCCCUUCCUCAGUCCAGACUGAAUGUGCUCGGACUACAGGUCCAUACCUGGAAGGCUUUUGCUUCCCCAACCCUUACUCCUGGGAGCAGGAAAGCCGAGACACAGGGAAAUCUGUGGACUCUGAUGUCGCUCACUGCGCUCCCCAAAAUUCCCAUUUGGGCAGCCACAGUCCAGCUGUUCCUUCUCCUGCCCAGGAGCUGAGCAGAAGGAAAUCCAGUGAGCAGGACAAGCCAUGGACUGUGAGCCAGGACUGUGUGUCUGGAGGAGGUGACAGCACAGCUGGUGACCACGCGUGGGGCUUGCAUUUUCCAGGCCCUGCUGGCCACGCACAUCUCCAGAGCAGGACGGGGGCUCAGGAGGCUCUGCCCRGUGACCCUGCAGGGGACAGGCUGUGUCCCAGCAGUGGGGAGGGCAGCUGGGACAGGCUGGGGGACAGAGGGGGCGAGCCAGCSCAGCUGAGCCUCUACGUUCACUGCAUCCAGGGGCUGGUGCUGUCGCUGCUGGCCGAGGAGCAGCUCCGCCGGGACCGCAGCGCCGUGGAGGACGUGUACCACAGCAGCCUGGCSUCCCUGAACGGCCUCGAGGUGCACCUGAGGGAGACCCUGCCCAAGGACUCCUCAGCCUCAAGCAGGACAAACUACAGCUUCACACACUACGACUGCGUCCAGAACGUCCUCACGGCCAACCUGCCCCAAAUCCCUGGGCCCCUGGAUCGGCACUUCCUGAGGGCGGCCACGCUCAUCCACUCUGACUUCAGCCAGCUCCCCACGGCCUCAGAAGUGAUCAUCAGGAACGCCUCCACGGCCGUGUACGCCUGCCGCAAUCCCGUCCAGGAGACCUACUUCCAGCAGCUGGGCGCUCCUCUCCGCAACUCGGGCGUCCCCAACCCGCAYGACAGCGCCUUCAGCCUGCCCAGCAAGGCCAAGCAGAAGCUGCUGAAGCACGGGGUGAACCUGCUGUGAGCUGCUCUGCUCGGAUAAGGGCUCAGCCCUGCGGGAUGUUCAUCUCCAGGAAGGGACAUCUCAGCUGUUUGUC